CACACAAGUAAGCACUUUAGGAUAGAUAAAGUCACGGAGAACUGGUCGGCCUGCUCUGCGAUAGUUUGAUAUGCCCAGAGGACGAUUUGCACAUGGAAAGUCCAGAUACUACACCCGACCUUCUAUCUGCCGUCUUGAUUGGGAAGAAAGCGACCAGCUGCCUCUUCCUUCCUAAACCGGAGUGGGGCAGGGUUGCAUCUCGGGAUCUCGCGACUUCACGUUGUUCCCCUGAAAAUUGGUAUCCAUCAUCAUUACCAUUAUCAUUAUUAUCCAGAUCAACUCAACAACGAUCCUGUUCGGGUCAUACGCACUGUUCCUGCGUAACAUCGUCAGCUGGCACUGACAGACGGUCCCUUUGGCUUUCUCGGUCUUUUAGCUGCACGAUGGCUCAUCGCCUCGCAGUAUGAACGCUCGCAGUCUUGUUCUACCUCUAUAACCAUUUCAUUCAUCCGGUACCAUUAUUUGAGGGAGCUCUCAACACCAUGGCGGCACUCUCAUCUCGUUUGCUUCUGGCGUUGUGGCUGCUCUUCACGACCGCAGUAUCUGCUACCUUGAAUACCUUGACAAGUAGCGGUCGCACUCGAAGCUAUUGGGUCCGUUCUCCAGAUGAAUACGACGAAACCAAAAACUAUCCCGUGGUAAUUGCCUUUCACGGAUCAAGUGAAAUUGGUUAUGAUGUAGAUGGGUUCGCCUUCGAGGCGGACAUCAGAUUGAGCCUCCCCACCAUACCCACGAAAUACUCGAAAGAUAGGUUCUUCGUCUAUCCCAAUGGCGUCGGUGGGGUUUGGGCAGGACCAAGCUAUGGCAAGGUCUCUGUUGCGGAAGACCUGCAAUUUGUGAGCGAUCUGAUCAUCGACCUGGAAAAACAGUAUAAGGUGGACAGUUCUCGUAUCUACGCCACCGGGUUGUCCAACGGGGGCGGGUUUGUCGGCACCUUGGCUUGCGCCAGUGUAGGUGGGCUGUUCGCAGCACUUGCUCCUGUGGCCGGUUCCUUCUACACUGAUGUCAAUGGCACAAGCGAUGGCUGCAAGCCUGCAAGGUCACCUCUUCCGAUCUUGGAAAUCCAUGGUGGAAGUGACAAGUCUGUAUAUUAUAACGGCGGUCAAGGAGAAGGCGGCCUUCUACCUCCUAUUCCAGUUUGGCUGGGAUUCUGGCAGCAGAGGAACGGAUGUACGUCGAACACUACUUACAACAGUGACAAUGGUAACGUACAUCAUACCGUCUGGACCUGCAAAGGGAUCAAUGGGACACUUCAGCACUGGAAAGUCGACAAGAAUGGUCAUGACUGGCCAUCGAAAACCAUGAAUAUAGAUAUGGCUGUAGCAGGUGUAGGACCUCAGCCUAUCGAAGCGAACGAUAUUGUCAUCGACUUUUUCGAUAAUUUCUCCCUUCAGGGGUGACCUGGCACGAUCCUCUAGGUAGACCGUGGACAUCAUGGGGUCUGGUCUGCAUGUUUCUCUGGUCAUCUGCCAUAGCUAAGCGUAAUAAGGACAACAGGGCUAGAUAGUGAUGAUAAUGCUACUGUUGUCU